AAGUGUUGGAUCGAUAUAGUUUGGGGGGCAAACUGUAAUUAAAGGAAAAUCCAAUGCGUUUUUUUUUUUUUUUCUUUUCUUUUCGUUUCUUCUGGUAAAUGCUAUUCAAUUGAAUUGCAUCAUCACAAUUCAGACCAUUCUCAACAAAGUCAAUUAGUCAUCCUUCUCAACUUCUGCUGCUAUCCGAUUGCAGUAAUCCAACACCAAAUUCAAUUCAAUCUCCCUUUCCAAUUCAAUCCACACCUCUAUUUAAUUCCUCUCACACGCAGAGGAGCGGGAGAAAAAUCAUCCACGAUUAAGAUGAGGCUGCCGAUGGUCGAUUGCCGGAGUUUGAUCCAGUUCUGCCGAGCUUUCCCCCCUCGCAACACCACCAAUUUCACGAAUCCGAGCCGCCGCCGCGCCGAUUCUCUGAACGAAUUCUGCCACCGCUCCCCGCUGGCCGCCGUCGAUCUGGUCAUACUCGUGUUGGUGAUUGUCUCGUCCGCGUUCCUGAUCCUUCCUUACAUGAAACUAUUCGCGUUCGAGCUUGUGCCGGCGGCUCACGGCGCGAUCGUUGACCUGAUCCUGGAGGAGCCGGUGCCGUACGCGGUGGGGUUCGUGACGGUGGUGGUGGGAGUGAUUGUGGCGGUGCUGAUCGAUUUGCGGAUGAGGAAAUGCGGGAACCCUAAGUGUAAGGGGCUUCGGAGGGCAGUGGAGUACGAUAUUCAGCUGGAGACGGAGGCUUGCGUGAAGCACUCCCCGCCGCCGCUCCAUGUGGAUGCUUAUCGCGAGCUCAAUGGUAUGAGGGAGCUGGAAUUGGGGGAGGAUCGGAAGGAAUUGGAGGCGGAAUUGAAGAAGAUGGCGCCGGUGAAUGGAAGGACGGUGCUGAUAUUCCGAGCUCCCUGCGGCUGCCCGCUUGGUAGAAUGGAGGUUUGGGGCCAUAAGAAAAUCCGUAGAAUCAAGAAAUAGUCUUCAUUUCUUUCCCCUAGUUUAUACCAAAUACUAUAUACUACUCCUACAUAUAUAUACAAUAAUAAUAAGUGAUGUGAUGCUUUAGUAGUAAUACAGUAGCAGAAACUGAGGAAAACUGAUCACAUACUUUGCUAUAUGAAUACAGCUAAUUAACACUUGUGUUGCCUUGAAAAA